GAGUUUCGAAAGGCGUGGUUCAUCAUAAAAUAUCGAUUUUUUCCCCCAUCGAUACGAAGUUGUAAAUUCAUCUUAAAAUGUUGAGAAAUAUCCGACUGGCAUGGCAGACAAUUUUCUUCAACUUUUAACUAAAAACUACAUGCUUUAUAACGGUGAAAUUGUUCUAUGCUGUACAGGCUGUCAAAAUCCAAUUCUAAAUCGAACAAUGAUGAAAAUGAAAGAUGAGUUGUGGCAUCCAGACUGCAUACGUUGCUCUGUUUGCGAUAUACCACUGACAGACAGAUGCUAUAGCAAAGACCGAGCUAUUUUUUGUAAAAAGCAUUUCUACAGAAAGUAUGGCGUUCAAUGCAGUGGUUGUUGCGAAGGCGUUGUGCCUAUGGAAACAGUGCGGAAAGUGCAAGAUCUUGUUUACCAUACCCAUUGUUUUGCAUGCAUUUGUUGCGGAAGGCUUCUAACUACGGGUGACCAUUUUUUCCUGCUAGAGGACAAAACACUUGUUUGCGAAACAGAUUAUGUUGCAGCGUCUGAUUUAAUGAACAACGGUGCCAGCAAACGUCCCCGAACAACUAUAUCGCCAACACAACUUGAAACUCUGAAACAAGCCUACAAAAGGAGUGCCAAACCCAGUCGUUUUGUACGAGAACAACUAUCCACAGAGACAGGGUUAGAUAUGAGGGUAGUUCAGGUUUGGUUUCAAAAUCGGCGAGCCAAGGAGAAACGUUUGAGGAAAGAAUCAAAGAAGCCAUUUUGGGAAAAGAAAUUGUAUCCAGGUAAACUAUCUGGAUGUGAAAAACCUAAAAACAUUUCUCCUGGAGUAAAUACGAGUUCACUGCACAAUGAAAAAUUAGAUAAAAACUAUUCUGAUUGGUUACUUUCUGAUAUCACGUUGACAGUUUAUCAGCAAACAUUCUAUUGCUCACAAGCUGAUGCUACUGUACAAUUUUUGUAAAAAAGAAGUUUUUAAAAAUGUUCUUGUAAAAUAUGUUUUUUUAAAUGUUUGAAUUAUUUAGAGAAAAAGAUCAUCAAUUAAAAAUAGUGAGGUUCUUAUAAAUAUAAAAAGUUGUUGUCUAAUGCCACUUGUUUAUACUAACAAGCCUAUUUUAAGGCAGAGGGGUGAGUUUCUUCUUGUUU